AUGUUUGGAGCUCUCUUUAAAUUGAUUAUUUUUGUGGUCGGGUAUUUACUACCCGUUGGACUUUCCUUCCAUGGAUGGAAGAAUAAAAAAUAUGAAAUGGUGGAGUACUACUUAAAAUAUGUUUAUUUUUUUGUUGUUUUUGAGAAUAUUGUGACUCCAUCCAUAGGAGCAUUAAUUUACAAGAUUAGCAGUUUCAUAUGGUGCCUCAUCCACUUGUCCCUUUACGUGGUUUUAAUUAUUCCCAAAUUUAACUACCUUAACGUUAUAUACGAGAAAGUAAGCAAGGUCAACAGUCAGAACAAUGUUACUCUGUACAUCAACAAUUAUAUCGUUAAUCCUCUAAACGACAAAGUUAACAAAAUUGUGAAGAAGUUGAAGACAUUGUGA